AUUAAUCUCUAUAUAAUGUAAAGCUAAUAAAGUGACUAUGAGUAUCUUAGUACGAUUUUGUAAAAAAAUAGUAGUUGCUUUAAUUUAAACUAAAAAUUAACCCUUUAUAUUAGGCCAUAAAAUCGUAAUGAAAAGAGAAGAAAAAAACAUUCAUCUUGUAGCACAGAAGAUAUAAAUCCUAAACUUUAUGAUUCAUAAAUAAAAAAAAAGUUAGACUUAAGUUCCUCUAGCACAAAUGAAUGUUAAGGAAAUUAAAAAAAUAAAAUUCGAAUCGCAUUUAAACCAAUCAUUAGAUUAAGAAAUAAGUUUCUUAAUGGAAACAAUCCUAAUAGUUAUUCAUUAGCAAAUUAUAAAGAAAUUGUAUGCAAUUUUUGUCUUUUGCAUCUAGAUAAUUAAUACUCAAAAUUGGAAGAAAACUAAUCAUAUUCCACAAUAACUUUGGAAUAACAUUAAUAUUUACACUCUCAAACAAUUACAACGUUAUGUAAACAUAAGUUUCAUUAUGAUUGUUUUCAAAAUAACAUUAAACAACAAUUAAAUCAAUAAAAACCAACAAUCUCUUGUAUAUGUGGCAAAAAAAUUAAUAAUCAACUUUUAAAAUAAUAUACCUCUGAAGUCUUAAUCAAAAAAAUAUUGAAAAAUUAACUUGAAAUAAUUUAUUAAAAAUAUUAAGAUUCUCUUAAUUUCAAAAAAUGUAAUAAUUGUACUUUUUUUUGGAUAAAAUAGGAUACUUAACUAUAUCUUCCAAUUUGUAUUUAUUGUUUACUAUCCUACAAUAGUAAUGAUCAAUCAAAAUCUUCAAAUCAAAACUAAUUUAAUAAAUAAAAAAGGUUGAGAUCUAUUAGCAUGUAAUGA